AUGGCAAAAAUUGUAUUUUAUACAUACGUCUCUUUUUCUGACACAGUUUGUAACGGAUCGGAUGUGUUCCAAUGCACAACUGGCCUAUGCAUUGCCAAGAGUUUAGUAUGCAACGAGAUUGAUGACUGCGGAGAUGGAUCAGAUGAAGCGGGAUGCGACGAGCUCAGACGUUUUUUCAAUAAUACCUGCAACGACGUAAAUGGGAUGGACAGUUUGAACCCAACACGUGCGACAGACAGUGGUUCUUCCCGGGAUAUAAACGUUACCUCUGAAAACCUUGGGAUAGGGCACAAAAGAGUAGAAUUAACACCGUUCCUAUUCAAAGCUGCACACCAAUUAGAAGACCUGAUUCACAGAUGCUCUUGGGAUGGACAGCCUUGUGAAAAAGGCAGUUUCAAGCCGGUCCUAACUGAUUACGGAGUGUGUUAUAGUUUUAAUGGAGCCACCGCUGAUGAGAAAGUAAAGGUGUCUGAAAGAGCAGGUUCAAGAUUCGGCUUGAGUUUGACACUUAACAUAGAGCAGUAUGAAUAUAUGCUAGGACCAAAUAAGGAUGCUGGAGUGAAGGUAUUCCUGCACCCUCAGGAUGAGAUCCCACAGGUCCGGGAACUAGGGUUCACCGUGGCUCCUGGAAUGCACGCGCUGGUGGCCGUGAAGAAGACAUCCACUAAGAGUCUUAAGAAACCUCAUGGCACCUGUGGAAUCAUGCCGCUUGAUUACUAUCAACAAUAUACGACAGGAAGAUGUUUGUUGGAACAUGAAACCAAGCGACUGGUACAAGCCUGCGGCUGUCGAGAUGCCUAUAUGCUAAGGGAAGGCAAAGGGAAAGGCGAAGAUGACCCGCCUGUUUGUGACACUGUCAAAUAUAUUGAUUGUGUUUUGCCACGUUUGAAGCAACGUACACACAAACAGGCUCAGUGUAUCCAGCCUUGCAUCACCACGUUCUACGAACCUGUAAUAUCAUAUGGAAAAUUUUCCGACAUCAACGUCGACCGUGUACUCCGUGGAAAUAUUUCUGUUCUCAAUGAAACAUUCUUAAACGCCAGAGAGGGAGCACACCGGGUUGACCCCGAGCGGUUCACCGAAGUUUACGAAUUGCUGCACGAGCUGAACAAAAGUUAUACCAAAUUCCUAAGUGUGCUUCACGAUAUAUUAGAAGUACCCAUCGACCACAAGUAUGUUACCCAAAGGAUCGAAAAUUCAAAAAGGUAUCUCACUGAUAUGUAUAGAAAAGACGUCCGACUGAUUACCGAAUUUGUAUCGCCAUACCGAUUUCGGUACGUCGUCGAGGUUCACCCCUAUGUCCUAAAGUUAACAGAAGCUCUGGGGCACUUGCCAGGUAACUUAUUUAUAUUAUUGGGUGGUUCAGACGCCUUCUCUAACGACAAAAGAUCGAACGCAAAAGUGGAAGUUCAGAAUUUCUACAAUCUUUACAACGAAAGCAUGUCUGUGUUUCUGGAACCCAGUGCCGAGAAGAACGCAAUAGACUUGCCCGACUUUUUCUUCCGUUCUGACACCAUUCCGUUUGUGUUUCUUGAACCCAGUGCCGAGAAGAACGCUAGAGACUUGCCCGACUUUUUCUUCGGCUCUGACAACAUUCCGUGCAUGCAAUCAAGGGUAUAUGUUGAGGAAAAAUGCAAAUAUGCACUAGAACAUUCAAACAAGUCGAAUAUUAACAUUGUUUUGGACGAUAAAAAUCUUGUCAGUGAGAUUGAAAUGUUCGGGCGUUGUCUUAAUCUGUACUAUUCCACGAUAAGCGCUUUAUCUUCUUUGGAAUUAGUAAACCCCAGUUCAUAUUCGGGUGCGAAAUUGAUAAUUGACGAGUAUAUCGACUCUCUUCUUAUAGUUUCACAUGCCAUGUCACAUACUGAAAUGAUGCUGGCGCACUACCUGACGGGAGAGAUUACCAAAACUGAAAUAGCCGCAAUGUCCACCCCUGAUGAAAUCGCAUAUGCAAAGGAGAGCAUUAACAAAAUUUAUGACGUUGCAAAGGGGCUGGAGGGGCGAAAAUCGAAAGAACUUAAUGAUCUUCAAGAAAAAGUAGCACAAUCCUACAAAAACAUUGCUGAGAAAUGUCAGCAGUUUGAUACGUUUUUCUCUGCUGCCGGAAGAAAAGGAUCGUGUUUAGGACAGUUGUGGGCAAUGGAGAUAUGGAAGCGGUACGUUCCGGACAUCAAUCUGUUUGGUCAAAGCAACACGUCAGGUGGCCCUCCAGCAGACAAAUUUAUAUAUGUAGACAGCUAUCUUCAGGAACACGUUGAAGCUUACUUAGAACCAGUUCGGACUAUGUCCAAGCAACUAGGUGCCGAUCUCAGCGACCAGCGCGGCCUCUUAUUGCAAUAUUUUACUGAGUUUCAGACGCGACUGCAAAUGUAUUUAAAGGGGAAUUCACUGGACGCAACAUUUGUGGCAAAUAAUUUCCUCAGCCUGGACGUCUAUUUUGCCCAGCUGAGCUACCAAAGAAUCGAGCAAAUGCGAGACAUAAACGAAGGGUCAUUACUUAGUGAAAUUGGUGGAUUAAUGGGUCUUCUUUUGGGCGCAAGCGUCAUCACAUUAUUUGAACUUUUGGAUAUGAUUAUCUAUAACUUUAUCCUAAAACGAACAGCCAAAGUGGAUCGCAGAAACAGCCAGCACCCGGAUGAGUUUGAAAUGAAAGAAAAUUUUGCAAAAGAUACAUUCGAAACUCCGUUUGCCUAAUGACGCCUUUGGAUAGCUCAAACACAAAGGCUGUUCCUACUACGAACACGGACCACGAGUGCCUGGGAUGCAUGAAAAAAAUAAAGCAGACUUACAUUGAGUGAAAAACACAGUCAGAGAACGGGGGAGGGGUAUGCAAAUUAUUCAGAUUAUGAUAUAUAUAUAUCCAGUCAGAAUUUUCAUUUUUUUUUUUGUUUGUUUGUUUGUUCUUGUUGAAACUGUUUUUAUUGAACCCAUUAUAAAUUGAGUUGCACGGAAGGAAAAAAGUAUGUUAAAAUAUGUUUCUUGCAAGCAGGGUCAAGGUCUUACGCCUGCGAGAUUGAGUUCACAAGGUUCCGGUAUUUCAUCGUAAGGGAACGUAGUGUAUUUGUCAUGUAAUUGGUUGUUAUUGAUUUAAUCGGAUGGUCCUUUGCCGAGAGAAAGUGGCGUUGUACGGUAUGAUUGUGUUAAGUAAAAAGGUACAACUUGUAAAUUAUAAGGUCCUUACAAAAUUAACAAUUUAACCCCCCCCCCCCCCCGCCUUGAUUUAAAAUGGAUCUUGUCAACUGCAUUGUACAUAUAUUUAUCCUUGCCGACCCCCUCAUCCACUGUAUAUAAAAUCCCGUGUUUCUGCCAGUGUGCACGCAUGUUAUAAUGGUAAUAAGGAUGUAGCAGAACAUGUACAUUUAUGUAGCAGCUUUCUUCUGCUACAUGUGUUGCUAUCAGUUUUGCCUCUCCACAGUUUUAUGCAGGAAGAUACAGGUGCGUGUAAACUUUCGUUCAUAUCACAUAACCUGUGUUCCCUUUUGUUGAGUAUUUUUCUUCGUCUUAUAAAUGUCAACUUGGUGCUUUAAAAUACUUUGUGAAAGUUUACCUUGAUUCUCUGAAACAAUAUUUGUUAAAUAUAACCUUGAUGUUUUUGAAAUGUAUUUUUGAUGUUUUGAAAUAUUUUGCCUUCUGAAAAGGACACGAUGUGGUAGCGGAGAGGAAAAUAUGAAUAAACCAACUAUGUCGAGAAGGAUGCCAACAAACAGGGAGGAAAUUAGAUGAAAUGACACUUAUGCGGUAUGAAAAACAAGGCAACAAAGCUAUCAAAUGAAAAGACAAAAAGCAGAAAAUAUAAUUCAAAACACUUAAACAAAAAAACUAUAUAAUUUCCAGAAAGGUUAACCGAUAAGCAGGCUUUUCAUUUGAAGAUGCAUUUUAGUCCUAUAUUACCUUUCUGUAAGUUUGAGAAGAGUAAGUGACAUGGUUUUCCUUUAAUGGUCACUAUGGGGGCAGUGCCCA